UGAUUGUUUUGGGGCGCUGCAAUUUGCCGCCAUUGUGAGGCACUACAGGGACCCGGCCUCCCAGUACCCCUUCUCUCUCUCAAUCAUCAGCGCCCCCAUCCUCCUCUCUUCGCCGCCGACCAACAUCAGAUCUCAGCGCCUCUCUCUACGUCGGGCUCACUCAAUCUCAGGCUCUCAUCUCUCAUCUCUCAUCUCACACAGUUUUUUUUUUAGUGGCCUCGUCUCACACAGUUAAGAAGGGCCAAGUUCAAGAAACUCUCUCCGGCGUCUACGCCAGAACCUCGUCGACGACGCCCGCGCUGCGCUCAUUUCUCAGUGGGAAGAAAUGUCUGGCCACGAGGUAUUCAAUCUCAAAACCCUAAUUUUUGGGAAAACAUUGAAUCAGGUAGAGCACCGUGGAAGGGGCAUAAGUUUGCUAACUAAGUCCUAGCAAAAAGAGCAUCGGAAACAUGCUUCCAGUCAUGUGGUGAGUACCUACAUGCUAUGCAUAAGACAUAUUUCUUUGGUAUAUGCCGUCUUCUCCAUGUUAUCUGCGACUGAGAGGCCUUUCUAUAUCCAAAAUCCAGAAAUUCAUCCCUAAGAAGUGGAAACGAAUCAAGCCUGAAGACAAGAACCUAUCCAACUUAUGCAAUUCCGGAGAAACAUUGCUAGAAACAUCUGGAACCAGGCAACGUGAUGAUUCCAUGGUUGAUUCUCUUCUCACAUCUCUCAAAGACUUUGCAUCGAAAGGCCAUCUUUUUCAAGCCUUCAGGACCUUCUCUCUCAUCCGAUGCCAGUCUUCUUUUGGUGUUGCCCGUGACAAAAUUUUGUGUGCCACUUCUUUUCUUUUGAUACCUUGCUCCGACCUUAAGUCACUUUCAGAGGGUAGACAGCUCCAUGCCUUCGUUAUCUCUUCAGGUCUUGACAAACAUCCCAUAUUGGUUCGCAAGCUGAUCAGCUUUUACUCGGCCUUUAAUCUCCUUGUUGAUGCCCAUCUUGUAAUUGAGACUUCGGAAAGUUUGCACCCUUUGCACUGGAAUUUGCUUAUCUCUACUUACGUGAGAAAUGGGCUAUGGCAGGGGGCUCUAUCUACCUACAGGCAAAUGGUGAAUGCAGGAAUUAGACCUGAUAAUUUCACAUACCCAUCUGUUCUCAAGGCUUGUGGUCAAGAACUAAAUCUUGAUUUUGGGAGGGAGGUUCAUAAAUCUAUUGAUGCUAGCUGUCUCGAUUGGUGUUUGUUUGUGCAAAAUGCCUUAGUCUUGAUGUAUGCAAGGUGUGGGGAAGUGGAUGAUGCUCGGAAGUUGUUUGACGAAAUGCCUGAAAAGGAUGCUGUUUCUUGGAAUUCAAUGAUCUCUGGAUAUGCCUGCAAAGGUAGGUGGGGAGAAGCUUUUGAGCUUUUUAAAAGCAUGAGAAUGCAGGGAAUAGAAUUGAAUAUAAUAACCUGGAACACCAUAGCUGGAGGGUGCUUGAAAACUGGAAACUAUAAGGGUGCAGUUGAAUUGCUACCACAGAUGAUGACCUCUGGCAUUCAUAUGGAUUCUGUUGCGGUGCUUAUUGGUUUGGGUGCAUGCUCCCAUAUGUGUUCGCUGAUACUAGGGAAGGAGAUUCACUGCGUUGCAAUUCGCAGUCAUUUUAGUGGACUUCAUAAUGUUCAAAAUGCUUUAAUAAAUAUGUAUGCCAGGUGCAAAGACCUUAGGCAUGCACACAAUUUAUUCCUAUCAUUAGAAGCUAAGAGUAUUAUAAGUUGGAACUCCAUUAUUUCUGGUUACACACACUGGGACUUCUCUGAGGAGGCCUCCUUUCUAUUUAGGAAAAUGUUGUUUUCUGGCAUUGAGCCUAAUUAUGUGACAAUUGCAAGCAUUCUUCCACUUUGUGCCCGAGUGGCGAAUCUGCAACAUGGCAAGGAGUUUCACUGUUACAUUAUAAGGCGUGUUUGGUUCAAUGAUUACUUACUGCUAUGGAAUUCUCUUGUGGAUAUGUACGCAAGAUCUGGAAAAGUUUUUCUAGCAAGAAGACUUUUUGAUAUGCUAAGCAAGAAGGAUGAAGUGACUUACACUUCAUUAAUAGCUGGUUAUGGAAUACAAGGAGAGGGACAGGCUGCAAUAAAACUUUUUGAAGAGAUGAUCAGGUUCCAGAUAAAGCCAGAUCAUGUAACUAUGGUUGCUAUUUUGUCUGCUUGUAGUCAUUCGGGUCUUGUAACCCAAGGUCAGAUGCUUUUUGAAAAGAUGUUGGCCGUCUAUGGCGUAAUUCCUCGUUUAGAGCACUAUGCUUGCAUGGUUGAUCUCUUUGGUAGGGCUGGUUUACUGAAGAAAGCAGAAGAGAUUAUCAGAAGGAUGCCUUACCACCCAAGCCCUGCUAUGUGGGCCACUCUUAUUGGAGCAUGUCGCAUACAUGGAAACACAGAGAUGGGGGAAUGGGCGGCUGAAAAAUUGUUGGAAAUGAGGCCUGGAAAUUCUGGCUACUAUGUUCUGAUAGCUAAUAUCUAUGCUUCAGCUGGCUGUUGGAACAAGCUAGCUAGGGUAAGGACCUUAAUGAGGGACUUGGGUGUGACAAAGGCUCCGGGCUGUGCUUGGGUGGAUGCGGGUGCUGGAUUUUCCCCUUUUUUGGUGGAGGACACAUCAAAUUCCCAAGCAAAUGAGAUAUACCCUUUGUUGGGGGGAUUGACAAAGCAAAUGAAAGAUGCUGGUUAUGUUGUUGCUGAGGAUUUGGAUUUGGACGAUGAAUUUGAGGAGUAUAAUGAACAACUUCUGUUAGCAAAAUAAGCUGUUUCAUAUUUUCGUGGAUAUUCUUUUCAAGAACCUUCUGAAAUGCCAAGUUACAACAACUCGGAAAUUCUAGAGCACCAUAGCUCAACUAGUGUGAACUCUGAAGUUGUGGCAUGAGAUUAAAGCAGUCAUACACAUGGCAAGGGAGACCAAUUUCUUUAGAUGCCUGAAGCCUAAAUCGGAUGGUGUGAAUCUGCUAUCCAUGAAAGGGUUUAAUGCCACACAGGGUAUAUCUCAGUGGAAUUGCACAAGCAAAUUUCUAGGAGGAACACACAAGUUCAUUGAAGUAAUUGCAAGCACAGAAUCACGUAAAAAGCAAGUAUCGUUCUUAAGCGAACUAGAAUUUCGAGACCAAUUCAUGAUGCCAAAAGUAUGCGAGGAGUACGACAACUUGGUACACCAACUUCCGAAAAUCUACAUAAAUUGGCAAAGCUGAGCACCUGCACUUGAACGAUGCAGCCAAGAAGUCUACUGAUUCACAUGGGACCGCGGCGAAAGAGAAGCUUUAUGCCGAAGAAAUGGUCUGUUUCUUCUCGUUUACUCGGUAUUUGUCUUCUCGUUCCUCUAUUGAACUUGCAUUGGCAUCUCCAAUAAGGCAGGUGGACUUGCCCCAAGUCAGCUCCUACUUGGGGGUUUUCUGUUGCUACUGCUCUGAAAAGUUGCUUGAAUACUCUACCCAAAAUAAUUUUAAAGUAAAGAUCUGGUUGGUAUGUAUAUGCAUCUAGUACUAGCUAAUAUUGGUCCUCCUCUCUGUUUCAAUGCAUAAGAUUGCAAGUUUGCAACACAUCAUCAAAAUCCUGACCGGUAAUUCUGGAUCGUUUGGCUAGAUGAUUGGGAGGCCCCGCGUAGACAGCUUCCUCAGGAAUGAUGUGUAUGUAUUGUGUUGAUAAUUUCCUGUACUCGAGUUUCUGAUAUAAAAUCUUGUAGUGUUCUAGUAGAUAUGAUUUAUGCAAUUAAAGGCUUUUUCUAUAAACUUUGAUAC